GGCAGCCUCUGGCCCCCGCGUGUCCCCUUUAGGCAGGGCCCUCGGGGGCUCCUCCUGGGGCUCCUUUGGUUACUGACCAGACUUGUGCUCAGUAAACCAGGUUCACCUUCUCAGGUUUCCCGGGGCCCCUGUUGCUGCGCAGUUUAUAAAAACUCCUGUCUCCCAUUCUCUUCGUAGAGUCCUGUUGUAGAGUUCUACCCCAGCCAAAAGCAAACAAACUAGGAACACUAAAGCCUUUUUUUACCCCAUUCGGUAAUACUCUAGGCACGCCAAAUAGACACUUUUUUCCUGUUCUUUUUUCGGGGGAGGGACUUUUUCGUGAACUUUUUUCUAUCUCCUGGGAAUUUGGAGAUUCCUAACCUGAAAUUGCAUUUGAUUACCUGGUGGUUUGAGUGUCUUUAGGGCACCCUGGAGGGAAGUAUCUGAGUUUACUCUUAUAGCCUCUCCUGUUUGUCACACCCAAAGAUGAAGGAAUGUUCUACUUAAGGCCUUUGUGACUUCUGGACUAUUAAAAAUUUUUCCCCCUCUCACUAGAAAAAAAUGUGAAUUCCAUUUGUUUUACUGUACUUAAAAUUACUUAUGCUUUUUUCCAUUCCAACCAAUAACCGUAGGUGGUUUUCUAAGGGGUAGGGGAAAAUUUAAUGAAUGAUCUGAUCUGUUGGUGGUGAUAUCCUUUCCCCUGACAGAAUCAUGGGGCUGCUGAUAUGGUAAGGGGGAUUAUAGCAUGUUUAAGAUAAAGCAGUAAACGUGAUAAUUAUUUGUGAAAAGUUGGUUCAAAAUAUCUUCAUGGAAGACUUUAUCUAUUGCUAGGUAGGGUAAUAACUAAGUGUUUUCCUCACAAGCCUUUAAAAAAAAAGGAAAUGGAGGCUUAAAGAGAGAGAGAGAGGUUGUCACUUCCCGGUGAUUACACAGUUGCUUGUUUGAUUUGGAAAGCACCUCAUGGUCAUCUAUUUACCUAUGAUUGAAAAUCUUAUCCACGAUGUAUAGGACUGAUAUGAGAUUCAAAUUCAGGUCUCUUGACUCUUUACCAACAUUCUAGUCAUUAUUCCAUGCUGUUUCCCAUGUUUGAGUUAGAUACUUUAAAAGAAGUUUCUGAAAAAUGCCUUGCAAAUUAUACAUACACAUAUUUAAUAGAAAUUAUGGAGCUAUUCUGUCGUUCAACUGCCUUUGACUUUAACUGUACAGACUAGUUUAGACAUUUCUUGCCAAUUUAUUUAACCUGGUUUCUGGUUAGAUCAAGCUGUUUUGUUUAAAUUCAUUGCACCUUAUUGUCUCUCUUCUGGAAAUAUUCAGUUAUUGUUAACCGAGUUCAGUUCUUUGAGAAUCACACAGCUUAUGGAAGUAGUAAUGGGAAAUAAGUUUAGAACAUUUGACCCAAGUGAUGGAUGCUCAGGAGAUUCAUUUUUGAGGGUUUUGUAUGUAAUAAGGGAUUAAUAAAUGUGAAUCAAGCACAUAUUAAGUUCCUAUAUGCUGGCUGAAGAUGUUUGAAUUGAAUAAUGUAGUAAACUGAUAAUGAUGAUGCCAAGGCAUUUCUUUGAUCCUGGCCCACCAAUUUUGUCAGCAUAUAGAGAACUCCUAGUGUAUCAAAGCCCUCCACCAAAGCAGAUUAGGCACCUUUCUGUAAUUUAUAACCUUAAUUAUUUAGGAGCCUUGAGAGGUUAAAUGUAAACUUGUUUAGGGUCAUACAAUUGCUUUGGGUCAGAACUUAAGCUCACAUAUUUCUGAAGCCAAAAUCAGGCCUUUAUCCACCAUACCUUAUUCUCUGUUUGUAAAUUUAUUUACAUAAAGCUCUUUUGUCUCUUUAGUUCAACAUAUUGCUGCCUGCUAUUUUUAAGUUUUCAGCCUCCAAGGAAUAUGACAAAUAUUGGAAUAAAUUGGUAGAAUGAGUUCCCCUUGUAUUAAGUGAUGCCAUACUUGGGUGACACAUUAUCCUUGGAUAGUUGAAUUAUUCUGAAAGUAUCAAAGUAUUCUUUGAGCUAGAAAUCUCAUACCUCAAAAUAAAAGGUACCUGGUUUGCUGAGUUCAUUUAAUUCUCAGUUUGAACUACCUAAAGCCAGAACAAAGUGUUUACUUUAAGGAACCAGUGUAGUAGUGAUUAAAGGCCUCCUUGAUUUCUGGAUCAUUUGGCAACAAAGAUGCUUAGGAUAGCAGAUGCCUAAUUUAAAAAUAAGAGGGAGGGACCAAAACUGGUCAGAAGAACUAUAAAUUGGAUUAAUGGAAAAGUAGAAUAGUGGAAUCAUUGCCUUCCUUGUUAUCAAGCAUACAUUUUUCCCCCCCAGUUUGCUGACCUAGUAAGCUAUUUGAGCUUUGAUUCAUUUUUCUAAAAUAGUACUGCAAGGUGAAAUUUCCCUUGGGAUUUGCAACAAUUUCACCAUGUGAAUUUUUUCAGAAAAGUUAACCAGUUAUUCAAUGGGUUUGAAAGAUAUGAAAUAUUUCUUUUUACUUGAUAGAAUCAAAAUAGACCUUGAAAAUGAAGAUAUCCUUCUCCAUUUGAAAGAUGAUGGAAGAUUGGAGAUCUUUUCAUCUACUCUUGUUUCUCUGACCAUUGUUGGGAGUUAGCUUUAUAACCUUGCUAAUAUUCUGUACCAUUCCCUAGCUGUCCAUUUGAGAGGGAGUAAUAACCUUAUUGUACUGCACAUUAGUAUGAAGAUGAAGUGGAGAACAGAAGAAAGUAAUUUGAAAAAAGUUAAAUAUAAAGAUGGCAAAGCAUUUCAUCCUACUUAUGAAGAAAAACUAAAACUUGUGGCACUGUAUAAGCAGGUUCUUUGGGGUCCGUGUAAUCCAGAUACUUAUCCUGAGGUUGGAUUUUUUGAUGUGUUGGGGAAUGACAGAAGGAAAGAAUGGGCAGCCCUGGGAAAUCUGUCUAAAGAGGAUGCUAUGCUAGAGUUCGUCAAGCUGCUAAAUAGAUGUUGUUAUCUCUUUUCAACAUAUGUUACAUCCCAUAAAAUAGAGAAGCAAGAACAAGAAAAAAGAAGGAAGGAAGAGGAGGAGCAAAGGCGUAGGGAAAAGGAAGAAAGAGAACGUUUGCAAAGAGAGGAAGAAAAACGUAUUCAGGAAGAAUCUGAAAGAUUGAAAAGGGAAGCAGAGGAGAAGAGGCGAAUAGAGGAGGAGAAGCUGCGUCUGGAACAGCAGAAGCAACAGAUAAUGGCAGCACUAAACUCCCAGACUGCUGUGCAGUUCCAGCAGUACGCGGCCCAGCAGUAUCCAGGGAACUAUGAGCAGCAGCAGAUUCUCAUUCGUCAGCUGCAAGAGCAGCAUUAUCAGCAGUACAUGCAGCAGUUGUAUCAAGUCCAGCUUUCGCAGCAACAGGCAGCAUUACAGAAACAGCAAGAGGAAGCAGCAGCUGGAGCAUCUUUGCCUGCAGCAUCAAAGGUGAAUGCAACUGCACCUGGUGAAAUACUCUCAGUCAAUGGACAGGCCAAACCUCACCCAGACAGCUCUGUGAAAGAACUGGAACCAGAAAUUUCAGAAGAAGCCCUAGAGAAUGGACCAAAAGACUCUGUUCCUGUAAUAGCUGCUCCUUCCAUGUGGACGAGACCUCAGAUCAAAGACUUUAAAGAGAAGAUUCGGCAGGAUGCAGAUUCAGUGAUCACAGUGGGCAGAGGAGAAGUAGUCACCGUCCGAGUACCUACACAUGAAGAAGGAUCUUACCUUUUCUGGGAGUUUGCAACAGACAAUUAUGACAUUGGGUUUGGGGUGUAUUUUGAAUGGACAGACUCUCCCAAUACUUCUGUCAGUGUGCAUGUCAGUGAAUCCAGUGAUGAUGAUGAAGAAGAUGAAGAAAACAGUGAAGAAAAAGCCAAAAGGAAGGCCAACAAGGCCCAGCUAGAUGAAAUUGUACCUGUGUAUCGACGAGACUGUCAUGAGGAAGUAUAUGCUGGCAGCCAUCAGUACCCAGGGAAAGGAGUCUAUCUCCUUAAAUUUGAUAACUCAUAUUCUUUAUGGAGAUCGAAAAUAGUCUACUACAGAGUCUAUUAUACUAGAUAAAGGUGGUGUUACAAUAUCAGUUGAGGCUUGGGCUGGGCAGAAGAUGGCCUUUUUUUUGGGAAUCUCUUCUAACAUUACAGAGCAUUAGACUCAGUGUUCACCCCAUUUGGUUUUGGUCUUGACAGUCUGUGAACUCUUUGAGAGUCAAGAUUACCCCCAAGACUCCCUAUUAUUGUUACAAGAAGUUUUUGGUGUUGAAAAGUGAUCUCCAGACUCAUCCAGCACUUAGGGGUUAACCAAGAGAGUCACUGAUGGAUGGUGUUUAAGCUGAAAUUACGUGAGUUACAUAUGUUAAAUUCCUCAAACCCUACUGAAUGAAAGGCCCCGGUGUGAACCCUCUUUGGCUGAUGGUUAGUCCACUGUUCCUGCCCCAUGGGCUUUAUGAUCACUAAUAGUUGAAUUGCCUUUUAAUUUGAAGCCCCUCUGUUAAUGUUUUGAAAUGUCAGGGUUUUUUGUUUUGUUUUUUAUAAUUAGAAACUCAAAAUUGUUACCUAAAGCAGUUUUUUAAACGAGUUGUCUCUGUUUAGCUGUGUCCUGCAUAGCCCAAAUUGGCAUAAUUUAGACAGAUUGCCUUUAUUUUUUAUUAGUCCAAGGUAAUACAAAGAAGGAUUCUCUGGAAGAAUUGGAUGCUAGAAUUUGUUAAACCAGGAUAAUGAAUGAACUCUAUUACCAACAUAGGUAGUACAGAUGAGUCAACUUGUCUCUCAGCUGAAUAGCUUUCCAUCUCUGCCUAAGAUUGACUACCAGUAGCAAAACAGAGUUAAUAAAUUAUUGACUUGAUUGGCUUUUUAGGUCAAAUAUCAAACCUAGUUUUUCUAUCCAAUUCAGUAAUCUUGCUUUGUAUUUUAUAAAUGCAAAUUGGCACCUGGGGCAUUUAAAUAUUUUAAAUCAUUUUAGUAUAAUUCAGUGUGGGGAUUCAUGUUGCACUGAUAAAUCACUGCCACUCCAUUUUCUCAUAUUUGGUACCACUUGUGCACAAAUCCUAUGCGAUUUCUACUUUAGAAUGAAGUAUUGUGGAAAGCUGAAAUGCCCCAUCACAUAACCUAAAUUUUAACGUCUUCUAACUUUAAUCUGUAUUAUGUCUGUCACGGAUGAUGUUGGAGCAUCUUGUGGCUCUGUUCAAUUCAAACAGAUAUGGAUUUGUCAGGCCCAUAUUUGUGAAAGUAAUUGGCCAGUAUAGGGAGCCUUGGAGGAAUGUGAUAUAGACAGAUGUGAAUAUACAUUUAACACUGUUAAUGUAUGUUUUUGACAUAUGUGGAUUUUAAAAAAUCACAAAUCACUUCUUGAAGAAGGAUUUCCAUUAAUUAGCUACAGUUUGUACAGUUCACUACCUAAUGGGGACACUUGAGUUUUGUGUGUGUUGGGUUUGUUUCUGUUUGAUCCUUGGUUUUGUGUAUAUAUAAUAUAUAUCUAUAUAUCUAACUUUUUUCUCUCCUCAUUCACAAACUGGGUUUUUUUUUUUUCUGCUAAGUAGUUCCAUAGUACUUAAUUUGGAGUUUUUGAAUUUGGUUCAGAAACAUAGUACCAGCUCAUGGCUAUCAAUGCUGUUAUACCCAAAACAUUUUUAAGACAGUCUGCUCUCUUGUGUAUACAGAAUGUAAAACCAUGGAGUUAGGCAGUUCUUUGCUAUUUUUUUUUAACAAGAAUUCUGUAUUUAAAAAAAUGUAAAAUAAUAAACAUUUUAAAAAAGCAGACACUAAUAUAUAUUUCUUCCAGGAUUUGAUUACAGAUUUUGUCCUUGCCCAUGUUGAGAUUAUCUCACUCAUAGAAUGUCAUUGUUCUUGGGAGCAGCAUGUCACUUUAAAUGGCAACAGUUCAUCAAAUGUUCACGUCAAAACUUUUUGGUUUUUAACUUUUUCUAUUCCCUUUGGCUAUUGAUUAGAACAGUGCAAAUACAAUUUCAAAAAUACUUUAGAAUAAUAUAUUUAAUCAAUUAAAAUAUGUUUACUUGUAACCGCUU